CGCGGGUUGGGGCAGGCAGCUGGCGGCGCCCAGCCGCCGGGACUCCACAGCCGAGCCCUAGGGCUGCGGCGACAGCCUCCGCGCGACCUGGAGGGCCCAGUUUGGACGCGGGGAGCCCGGGCUACCCGCGCCUCUGGCCCGACGGAGCCCAACGCGAACGCCUCGUGCCCGAGCCGGGCGGGGGCCAGGAUGCGGAGCUGUGCGCCUUGAGCUGGCCCCAUGACCCUGAGCACUUUGGCCCGCGAGAGGAAGGCGUCCCCCGCCUGCACCUGCAGCCUCGGUGGCCCCGACAUGAUCCCUUACUUCUCCGCCAACGCGGUCAUCUCGCAGAACGCCAUCAACCAGCUCAUCAGCGAGAGUUUUCUAACUGUCAAAGGUGCUGCCCUUUUUCUACCACGGGGAAAUGGCUCAUCCACACCAAGAAUUAGCCACAGACGCAACAAGCAUGCAGGUGAUCUCCAACAGCAUCUCCAAGCAAUGUUCAUAUUACUCCGCCCAGAAGAUAACAUCAGGCUGGCUGUAAGACUAGAAAGUACUUACCAGAAUAGAACACGCUAUAUGGUAGUGGUCUCAACCAAUGGUAGACAAGACACUGAAGAAAGCAUCGUCCUAGGAAUGGAUUUCUCUUCUAAUGACAGUAGCACUUGUACCAUGGGCUUAGUUCUGCCCCUCUGGAGUGAUACCCUAAUUCAUUUGGAUGGUGAUGGUGGGUUCAGUGUAUCAACGGAUAACAGAGUGCACAUAUUCAAACCUGUAUCUGUACAGGCAAUGUGGUCUGCACUACAGAGUUUACACAAGGCUUGUGAAGUGGCCAGAAUGCAUAACUACUACCCAGGCAGCCUGUUUCUCACCUGGGUGAGUUAUUACGAGAGCCACAUCAACUCAGAUCAAUCGUCAGUCAAUGAAUGGAAUGCUAUGCAGGAUGUGCAGUCCCACCGGCCUGACUCUCCAGCUCUCUUCACAGACAUACCAACUGAACGUGAGCGAACAGAGAGAUUAAUUAAAACCAAAUUAAGGGAGAUAAUGAUGCAGAAGGAUUUGGAGAAUAUCACAUCCAAAGAGAUACGAACUGAGUUGGAAAUGCAAAUGGUGUGCAACUUACGAGAAUUCAAGGAAUUUAUAGAUAAUGAAAUGAUAGUGAUCCUUGGUCAAAUGGAUAGCCCUACACAGAUAUUUGAGCACGUAUUCUUGGGCUCAGAAUGGAAUGCCUCCAACUUAGAGGAUUUACAGAACCGAGGGGUGCGGUAUAUCUUGAAUGUCACUCGAGAGAUAGAUAACUUCUUCCCAGGAGUCUUUGAGUAUCAUAACAUCCGAGUAUAUGAUGAAGAGGCAACGGAUCUCCUGGCUUACUGGAAUGACACUUACAAAUUCAUCUCUAAAGCAAAGAAACAUGGAUCUAAAUGCCUUGUGCACUGCAAAAUGGGGGUGAGUCGCUCAGCCUCCACUGUGAUUGCCUAUGCAAUGAAGGAGUAUGGCUGGAAUCUGGACCGGGCCUAUGACUACGUGAAGGAAAGGCGAACAGUGACCAAGCCCAACCCCAGCUUCAUGAGACAACUGGAAGAGUACCAGGGGAUCUUGCUGGCAAGCAAACAGCGCCAUAACAAGCUCUGGAGAUCUCAUUCAGACAGCGACCUCUCAGACCACCACGAACCCAUCUGCAAACCAGGGCUAGAGCUCAACAAGAAGGAGAUCACCACCUCAGCAGACCAGAUUGCCGAGGUGAAGACCCUGGAGAACCACCCCCCCAUACCUCCUGUCUUUGUGGAACAUGUCGUCCCACAAGAUGAGAAUCAGAAGGGCCUGUGUACCAAAGAAAGAAUGAUCUGCCUGGAGUUUACUUCUAGGGAAUUUCAUGCUGGACAGAUUGAAGAUGAAUUAAACCUAAAUGACAUCAAUGGAUGCUCAUCAGGGUGUUGUCUCAAUGAACCAAAAUUCCCUCUUGACAACUGCCAUGCAUCCAAAGCCUUAAUCCAACCUGGACAGGCCCCAGAAAUUGCCAGCAAGUUCCCAGACUUAACAGUGGAAGAUUUGGAGACAGAUGCCCUGAAAGCAGAUGUGAACGUCCACUUACUGCCUCUGGAAGAAUUAACAUCUCGCCUGAAAGACCUCCCCAUGUCCCCUGAUCCUGAAUCACCGAGCCCCCAACCCAGUUGCCAGGCUGAAGUCUCAGAUUUCAGUACAGAUCGCAUUGAUUUUUUUAGUGCCCUAGAGAAGUUUGUAGAGCUUUCCCAAGAAACCCGGGCCCGGUCUUUUUCCCACUCAAGGAUGGAAGAACUGGGUGGAGGAAGGAGUGAGAGCUGUCGACUCUCAGGGGCAGAAGUAGCCCCUUCGGAAGGGACGGCUGAUGACCAGAGAAGCAGCUCUUUGAGUAAUACUCCCCAUGCAUCAGAAGAAUCUUCAAUAGAUGAGGAACAGUCAAAGGCAAUCUCAGAACUGGUCAGCCCAGACAUCUUCAUGCAGUCUCACUCAGAAAAUGCAGUUUCAGUCAAAGAAAUCAUUACUGAGAUUGAAUCCAUCAGUCAAGGAGUCGGACAGAUUCAACUGAAAGGAGACAUCCUAUCGAACCCAUGCCAUACACCAAAGAAGCACACCAUCCAUGAGCUACCCUUUGAGAGGGCACAGGCCCUGGAGAACAAACCUGGAAAUCUGGAGCAGAACGAGUGUUCCUACACAGCCCAGCCUGAACUAGCCAAAGACUCAGGGAAGUGGGACCUAGAAGGCUGCCUGACUACACACUCAUCCACCACAGAGUUGGAAGAAGAGGAACCAGCUGAGGAGGAACAAGAGCUCUGGGGCCCAGGAAUGCACCCAGGUGCCAAGUGGUGCCCUGGGUCCGUGAGGCGAGCCACCUUGGAGUUUGAAGAGCGCUUGCGACAGGAGCAAGAGCACCAUGGUGCUGCCCCUGGUUGUACCUCAUUGUCCGUUCGCAAGAAUUCCAAGAAUGAUUCUUCUGUGGCAGACCUAGCUCCAAAAGGGAAGAGUGAUGAAGCUACCCUUGAACAUUCUUUUGUCCCCAGGGAACCAGAGAUUAAUAAGAGCAAAGGGAAGUGCAGUGGGUCUGAAGCUGGCUCACUACUCCAGUCUGAGCAAGAUGCCAUUGUUCCAGCACGUGGGCUGCUGGAGUCUCAAGAGCACCCAGGAUCAGAUACUAGAGCAAAGCAGGAAGGAGUUCUGAAGGAGCAGAGGACUGUGGUCUCAUGCCAGGGAUCUGAGACACAGGCAGUCGCUCUUUCCCUUCCCAAGAAGGUAGAAAUCAUUGAAUAUACCCACACAGUUACAACCCCCGAUCACCCUGGGCCAGGGGGUGAAAGAGCCACCAGCAAAAAGAGUGGGGAGCAAGGACUAAGAAAAGUGAAAGUGGAGGACUCCAUCACUGUCCUUUGUGCACUGGAUGAAAAUCUGAACAGGACUCUGGGCCCCACCCAGGCUCCUCUGCACCCCAACGUGCUACCUCUGCCUCGUUCUUCCCCGCCUGAGCAUGACAGUCCCACCGACCUGACCUCCACCCUGAGCAGCCCUGAAGCCUGGGACGACAGCCUGUCGACAGCCCUGGAGACAGGAGCGCCUUUUGUCGGUCACACAACCCAUGCACCAUCUGCCAACUUGGAUCCCGCACAUCCCCAGACCGUAGUUCACCUGGAAGGCGUCACAGAGCAAAGCAGCACCACAGACAACGAGCCGUCUUCAGAGCAGGGUAGCUGGGAAGAAAGUCAGGAGGGCCCCUUUUCCAGCGGCAAUGAAGUGCCAUACAAGGACUCCCAGUUAACUAGUGAAGACCUAAGCCAACUCGGUGACAAUAUUGGGGAGUUACAAGAAAAAUUGGACCCAUUACCUGUAGCCUGUCAACUUCCACAUAGCUCUGGCAGUGACAGUAUAAAGGGUCUCAGCCAUAGCCCCAGUGUGGUGAAGGAGCGCACUAAAGAAAUCGAGUCCCGAGCGAUUUGCCAGGGAGGGCUCACCAAACCACCCCAAAUGAGGCAUUCAGCUUCCCUCGCCAAGUUAGGUUACUUGGACCUCUGUAAAGACUGUUUAUCGGAGAGAGAGCCUGUCUCCUCUGAUCCCCCUCAUCUCAAACUGCUUCAGCCCUUCAUCAGAACGGACUCAGGCAUGCAUGCCAUGGAGGCCCGGGAGCCCUCAGAAAACCCAGAUGCCCCCCAGAACCUAGAGCCCACCAAGUAUUUUAUAGAGCAACUGAAAACAACAGAGUGUAUCGCGCAGAGCAAGCCAGUGGAGAAGCCCAUCAUACAGUAUGCCAAAGAAUUUGGUCACAGUCAGCAGUGUUUGCUCCCCAGAGCAGGACCCGAAUUGACUAGUUCUGAAGGAGGCCUUCCUUUGCUACAACCCCAGGGAGCGCAGUGUGCAGGCCCAGCUCCAGGGCUGGCUGUGGCGCCCCGUCAGCAGCACGGCAGAACUCACCCCCUUAGGAGACUGAAAAAAGCAAAUGAUAAAAAACGGACAACCAACCCCUUCUAUAAUACCAUGUGAUUCUGAGCCUACACAUGUGACUUUCUAAAAGAAAUGUUUGUAAAAGGGGCAGGUGUAAUAUGUAAGGAACAUGCACUUUAUUGGUCAAUUUUAUAAUAUUUUGGUCAUUUUACUGUUCCUGGCGCAUGCAGGGUUUGGGUUUUGUUUUGUUUUGUUUUUCUCUGUGUAUGUGUGUGAGAGAGAAAGAGAGAGAUUGACUUGGCCAGCAAGACCAUUUUAGCAUUUUUUAUUUUUAGAAAAUUCAAACCUCAAAAAAUAAUCAUUUUCAAAGAGCACCUUUAUCAAAGGCAAAUUGCUGUUUUUCAAUCAGCUCCCACCUCCUCCUUGUUUUGCCCUCUUAGAAAAAGCAUGCUUGCUUGAGGAAGGAAGCAGAUGGGGAGGGUGGGGGUGAAGCUAGAGAUCCGAAGUUCUCCCCUGGGCCUGUGUGAUGAUGGUUUGGGCUUCAGACCUGAUGCAUGGGAUUGCGUGUUCUCAGCCUCGGGCCCCUGCCCACUGCGAGUUCCCCAAGUGGGCAGGUUCUGCUUUGCUUUCAAAAUGGGGGGGGGGGUCUUCCAGAAGCCACUUCUUCUGGAUUCCUGAGUAUAUCAUUACCGAAAGGCAUGAUAAUGGCUGGCUUUGUAAACUUACGAAGCAAAUAUUUUUCCCCCCAAGCACAUAAUUUUUCAAUUAAAAAUGGAACCCAAAUGGAAUCUGAGAGAUCCUGUGUAGAGGAACUUGUUGGAGGCGGCGGCGGCGAAGGCUGCAGUGACCCGGUCUCUUCCGGGUCAGCAGGCUCCGCAUAGGCGGUCGCCUGUCCCUGCCUGCCGGGCAGUGUGCUCCGCAGCAACCUUUCAACUAAACAGAGUAGGGACAAGUUUGAAAAACAGCAAUUGAAAGUCAGUGUGUUCUGGUAAAAUGAAGACGUACGUAGGGUUUUAACACUUCCAUUACUUGAAUAAUUCUGUGGGCCUUCUGAGUUUAAUGGCCAUAUUUUUUUCCAAUUUACUUUCCUCCCUCAUGCUGUUUCUCUUAGUGCUACCCUUUUAUUAAAAUUUAAUAAGUGAUAUUUGAAUUGUUACAUGACCUACGUAUAACCUCCAUUGAACGCAGAGUUUUCUUAUGAUGUUAUCACUGUUAACACUUGACGUGUUUUUUUUUUCUUUUCCUGGAAGAUUUGUCAUUUCUCUAGUUUAUACACAGUAUUUAUGUACAUAAUGUCACUUUCUCACAGUGUUUUGUUGAUGUCGUACGAUCUUUUUGAUUUAAUCUUUUUAAGAAGGAGUAAAGCUGCAACUGGAGAAAACACACAGACGCCACAGAAACAAAACUGAUGGGUGUUGGUAGGAAUCUGUGGAGUAUAUUGAUGGUGGUUUUAAUUGUUUAAAUGGAGACUUCUGAUUGCCAGCUCCUGCCAAAUUAUGUGUUAGUAACUUCCUCCUCAGAGGAACCCCUGAAGGCUCCCAUUAGAUCCCAGUUUGACUGAAAGCUGAUUUCUCUUUGAGACUGAAAUCCCAGAGCAUGUCGUUUGCCAGGAGCUGAGCCACCGCCAGGGAGUGUAUGUGAGCGUUACUGCCGCCCAGGGUGCAAGCUUCUAAUGGAUUGGGCUGAAAGGGUGUGGGGAGGCCCCGGCCAAGGAGGCACCCACUAUGACUCCAUUUAGGGUGCUGCUGCUUUGCUGCUAUUGUGGAGAUCCUUAACCCGGGAGCAUUUGCCAUAAACAAGCCUAUUUGGCUGCUUACAGAAAACAUUUAGCCUGGAAUGAACCACCUUCUGCGGCUCAUCAAAACUGAAGAGGUUUGCAAAUGCGCUUCCUGUUUGCUUUGGUUGAUGUCCACAUUGCUGAGCCAUUGACCAAGUACAGACCUGGGCUUUGCUUUUUGGCUCAUCACAGGACUGAGAGGAAAAGACAGAUGCCCAGACUGUCAAGGGGAUGUCAGAGGCCAGAGUUGGGUGGGAGCAGAUGGUGGGGUGACCCCCGGGAGAGAGAAAAGGUGGACCAAGGCCAUUCAUAGGUACUCCAGGGGAGCUGUGAGUCCAGUUGCUGUGUGGCCGCUGUGGUCGGGUCUCAGAUCGCUACCAGGAGGUGGACUGGACAGAAACCUCCUGCUCUAAGUGUCUCUGUGAUGUAGUAAUUAUAUGUACCUGUGCUGUCCUGGAACAGUUUCCUUAACUGUUCAGAUGUGUCCUCCACUCGGCUCUGUGGCUCCUGGAUGUUGAACAUGUUGUCAAGUGUUUUUGUUAGGUGGUGUGUACCAGUGUGAGGAGGCUUGCAGGACAGCGUUAAUUUCCAGGCCUCGUCCAUCUCAGCUGCCCUGUCUUGCCGAGGUCGUUCCGCCACCACCCACAUGAUAGGGAAAGGACAGGAAGUUGUGGCAGGGUGGGGAGAGAAGGAUUUGCAUGGAGGUGAAGAGAAUGGUGUCCCCUCAUUAACCCUUUGAAAUGGUGACACCCCUCACAUUAAGAGGGACAAGCAGGAUUGACAGUAUGGCACUGUUCUCUCUUCUCCCCUGCACCUGUGAUUAAUGCUCACUAUCCCUGCAUUAAAUAGCAACAGAGAUGGGGAGGGGAUUCCUCUAAUGCUGUGAAGAAAACUUUUUUUUAAAGGAAAAAGAAAUAGUCUUGCUCUGCCUUCCCUUUUUUAAAUUACAUUCUUGGUUAUCAUUUAAUUUACCUGCUUCAAUGAACACCCUCCAUUCGGGGUCUUGUAAUUCCUGCCACGGGGUUGUGUCGGCCUCUAAGACCCCACAACUGAGUGUUCUUGAUUUGCAUAGCUGAAUGAUGUCCAGGGGAAGUACAUGUUGAGCCAUCAAGAACUUCUCAGACUUUCUUGUCCUCAGACUUUUUGAUAAUCUCGGAUGGCCUGUUUCCCUUUUCUGUUCAUGGAAAACUCAGACCCGGAACAGCAGGUCUGGUACGUUGACAGAGAUGAGUAGGAAAAGUCUUAACCUCUUGCUCAGUGCCUCUCUUUAUCUUUAUUUUGAAAACCACCAUAGUCUGACUCUCAGUUACUCUGGAGGAGAGAGAGAGAGAGAGAGAGAGAGUGUGUGUGUGUGUGUGUGCACGCGCGUGCGAGCAUGUGCAAAAAUAUUUUGAAAAGUAACAUUUUGGUGCAUGGGGUAGAAGCCCCAGGAGCACGCACCUUUUGAGCUGUAAUCUGGAGGGUUACCUGGUCAGUAGGAAGGAGAGAAACUUCAACCCUUUCUUGAUUUUAGAAACACUUAGGAGGAGUAUAUACUACAGUAGACCUGUAGUACCGUGCGCUUGUGAUAUUCACCUCUCCUCAUUUUGGCUGCCUUUCAGAGUCUUAAUGUCUGGGAUCGUUCUUAGCACCCCCGCCUCUUCAGGCUCUUUAUCUAGCAUUUUCCUGGUUCUGUACGUUUAUCCCAACUCUUUCUCAUUUGGGGAACUACUAGAGCCCCAAGGACAGCCGUCUUGCUCAAGGGCCCCAGACACAUACUUUUGGAUAGACCUGAAGUUUCUCCAACCUUGCAGCUCACAAAAAUCUUCACCUGUUCCUUCUGAGGAUUUCAGUUUUAAAGUGAUCUAGGCAUGUUUGGUAGAGAUGUUUUUGUGGGAGUUUUAAGAAAGAAAGCAUCAUGCAAAGAGGGUCACUUUUAAGGGCAUUUAAAAGUUUUUAAAGCCAUUCUUUGGCUCUUUUUGACAACUGUGGAUACUUUGUUUACAUUGUGAUAAUUAAAACAUGCAUCUUCUUGACAGCCACUCAGUCCCCUCCUCCAGGCGCCCAGCCCCGGCUGUCCUGUGAGUCCUCACGCAGAGCAAGGCUGUGGUGGUCAGGCCUUACAGGGAACUGGGGAGGACCGGAGCUGACUUCCACCUGUGCCCUGCACUCCCGCUCAACACUCUGUGUGGAAAUAGCCCUUUCCUCAGUCAGUGAUGGUGUGUCUUACAGUGAUGGUUAUAACGGUGAAUGGCUAGUGUCAUUUUUGUCUAAGUUUGUUUUGCUUUUUGAUGGUAGAUGAAAUGUUAGCUCUUUCAGCACCAAUCCAACUUGAAGGUAUCUUGGACUUUGUUUUCCCUUCCAAACUAAAAGAUCAAGGCAUGUAUUAGGCAUAAAUGUAUUUGCUGCCUCAACUCGUCUGACAUCCAUAUUAGGAAAAAGCCUGCCACCAAAGCAGGAAGCUGCACACUCCUAACCCCUGUCCCAGGGCUUUGGGGUCCCUUGCUGCCAUGGAGAGCUAUUGCAAGGUGCUUGUGUACUUUUCCAGCCUGGAAGUGGAGGCUGACUGGGCCUGGCUCCUGCUAUGAAAAGAAAACCAGCCUCAUUUUCUCAGUGCCCCGGAGAUCUGGGACAGGACUUCUAAACUGGAAUCAUCCCUCAUUGGCUUGAAGAUGCCUCAAAGGGUAUAUGACUAGUGCUGCCAUCUGGGUCCUCACAGCGACACUGGUGGUAGUAUCCUCUGUGCACAUGCAGAACUAAUACCCAGGGCUUAAUUCAAGCUGAUGACCCAAUCUGGAAACUGGGUAACUGGCCCUGAAAUGAUUCUCAGUCGACAGGCCCACAGGGAAUUGUUUGGUUUUUGUGGGGGUGUUUUUUUUUGGGGGGGGGUUGCCUGGCAUAGCUUAAGGUGCCUUUUUUUUUCUUUCUACUUUAUUUUGUAGGACUUGUUCUAAAUGUAGAAAACAAGUCCAAAAGACUCUCCCACUGACUGUUACCUUUGCCCCAGGCCAGUCCAAACUUUUAUGCUCACAUUUUAUUAAAUAAAGCAGGUGCUCCCUGGACUCUCUGGGACCUUUUUGAGGCAUUUGAAGCAGAAUAUAAAGAGUGGUCUCAUCUCCUUCCUUAAUCUUCCUGGUGGUUGGGAUGUUCCACUUGUAUCAUAGAUUUUUUUUAUUACUGAUGUGCUCUGCUGUUUUUAAAUGUGAACUUGUGCGAAAAUGUGCAGAUUCAAUGUUCUUGUUACAGAUUAAAUAAAUUUUUUAUUUUGAAGAUGAAA